CUUGACAGACCUGCAGCAUCUGGCAGCGAGCGUUUAUUUAAAAAAGAAAAAAAAAAGUAUAUUCAAGAAGUUUGUGUACUUUACCUUUUCUCGCUGCACACAAUGCAGACCGACAGCCUGCUGCACGUGGCCAACUUCAGCACUUUGUUCCUCUGCAUGGUGCUCAAGUUCCCGCAGAUCUUCCUGCUGAUGAGAGCCAAGUCCUCCUCUGGAGUCAGCCUCAACAGUCUGCUCCUGGAGCUGGUCGGGUUUGUUGUUUUUGUGACGUACCAGAUGUACUAUGAUUACCCACCUCCAACAUACCUGGAGUACCCCAUCCUCAUCGCUCAGGAUGUCAUCGUUCUGCUGCUGAUCCUCCACUACAGCGGUAACCUGCGGCAGAGCCUCGUCUACGCCUUGCUCUUUGUCGGAGGCUGGCGGCUGCUCACGGUGGACAAGCGGAUCAUUGACCUGGCCAUGAGCCUGUGCACCUUCAUUAGUGCAGCCAGUAAGUUCGCCCAGCUGCAGUGUCUGUGGAAGUCCAGGGACGCCGGACAGGUCAGCGCCCUCUCCUGGGGUAUGGCCACCUACACAUGUUUCGCGCGGAUUUACACCACGGCGGUGACGACUGGAGACAUGCAGGUUCUGGUGCGGUUCGUCGUCAUAACUCUGCUGAAUCUGUGGGUGCUGCUCACCGUGCUUUACUACCAGAGACGCGGCGGCGGCAGCAGCGCAAAGAAAGACGACUGAAGCCCCUUCAGUUCCCGGAGCUGGCGGAGCCGUCACCGCUCUGACAGGACGUCACUGUUGAGUUUUUACUGUGGACACAAGCCAAAGUGUAAAAACACGAGUGAAGAGUGACAGUUGUUCUAUCAGUGGGUGCUGAUGGUUUAGAUUUCAUUUUACCUCAUUUCUCUUCAUAACAUUCCAGAAACCCAGUGCUUCCUCAAACUGUAUAUGUGAAAGAAAAGGCCAAGCCAAGAAUAUCUCAGACCUUCCUGCUCAGGACAACAAAAACUGUGUUUUCAAUUCCCUUUGUAUAUGUGAACUUCUACUCAAAGCUGUUUUAAUAAACCA